AUGGAUCUUUCUUGGUGUCCUGUGUGCGAUAAACACACGUUUGCUGUUGAAAAUUUAUAUUGUAGUGAAGCAUGCCGGAAAAAAGACAAAUUAUCUACUUUAAAUGAAAAAUGUUGUUAUGACUUUCCAAGAUGUUCUUCGCGAAAACCAUAUCAAUAUCCUUUCUAUUCUCCGAACCAUUCGCCGGAAUCAUCUCCAAGUUCUUCACCAAUGUUACAUCCAACUCACAAUACGACGAGUUACGAAACUUCUCCAACAGAUCUUUUACUUUACGAAAAUCAUAAUUAUUCUUAUUAUAAUUCAACGCAUUCAUUAAUAAUGAAAAUACAAAAAAAAUAA